AUGAAGGUGCUGUUUUGUCUUGCUGUGCUCUGUGCAACAUGGAUUAGUCCAUCCAUUGCGAGGUCCACCAACAAUCGUAUUGUUGGUGGAGAAGACUUUACCAUUGAGCAAGUGCCCUACCAGGCAUCUCUCAUCUACAAUGAUAAUCAUUGGUGUGGUGCAGUGCUACUUCGUCAGAACUUUGCCAUUACUGCUGCCCACUGUUUCGAUGUGCCAGAUUUCAAUAAUUUCCGAGAGGUAUAUCGCAUCCGCGUAGGAUCAACUUACAUUAAUCGUGAGGGAAUUGUUGCUACGCUGAUCGACGUGACGCUUCAUCCGCAAUUCGACGUAGAUACCUACAAUUUUGACGUGGCAGUGAUUCAGAUCUGUGACUGUUUCACCUGGACAGAACGUAUCCAACCAAUCGCACUUCCGGCCGCCAAUCAGCACACACCCGAGGGUAGCCUUGGGCUUGUUACUGGUUGGGGAAGACUUUGGUACCAAGGCCCCAUUCCAGAUAUUUUGCAAGGAGCUGAAAUGCCAAUUCUCAAUCGAGAUCGUUGCCUGGAGACAUACGCUCAAAUCAAUCCCAUCACAGAUUCAAUGUUCUGUGCUGGAUCCUUCUACGGUGGUCUUGAUUCCUGCCAUGGAGAUUCUGGUGGCCCAAUGGUCUUUAAUGGAGAAGUGAUUGGAUUGGUGUCGUGGGGCAUUGCAUGUGCUCAAGUAGACUUCCCUGGAGUCUACACGAACAUCAGUUUCCUAAGACCCUGGAUCGACCAACAACUACCUUAA